CCGAUCCGCCCAAUCUAGAUCGAUAUUUUGAUUAACUAUACUUCCAAGAGACGGCAGCGCCAUCGAUACAUUUCAGGUCAUUGAACUGGCUCCCCCGCUCACCGCGGUAAAACCUCCGAUUUCUAAUAGACCCAUUAAAAUAUAUUCUGCAAGAUAAAACAACAACUGUCUUCAAUCAUUAAGGAAACUCCGCCAUCAACCCUUAAACCCUAUUUAGAUAGACAUCAUUUAAAGUACAAUUAAAAGAGGAGAGACCCGGGUAAAAUGGAUCAAGCCAUUGAUGAUAUCACACUUGACGUAACCGUUGACACGGAUAACCCGGAUGAAGGUGUUUUCAAGAUCAUAGCCACUGUAAAACCCGACUGGGAGCCGGAGACAAUCACCAAAAAGCCUCUGGAAGAAGGCACCGUCAACGUCCUCUACAAGUACUGGGACACACGUUUCGAUGAGGCCAUCGUGGUGCGCGUGUUCGGGGAUGGUCUCAGCCAGUACUUGAACAAAGAGGAGGAGGUGAAGGCCUAUAGGUUGCUUGGACACAUCGAAUCCGCCCCCAAGUUGCUCUGCCUCUUCAAGAAUGGGAUGUGCACGCAGUUUGUGAAUGGGGAAAUCUUUUCUGUGGUAAAGGCUGGGAAGAGAGAGGCGGAUAUCAAACUUGCAAAAGCAGUUGCAAGAGAAAUAGCUGCCUAUCACUGCGAAAAGACAACAAAAUUAGCGCUGGAAAAAUUCAAUAUAUCUGGUGACAUCCGACUGUAUGGGAUAUGGCAGCAAUGCAUGGAUGACUGGACUCUAGAAAUGGAAGAGGCUAUACCUAUAUUGAAAUCUGAAGAGUUUCCGAGCAAGAGUGAUCUCCAAAAAGAAUUGGAGACUUUGAAGAAAAUGGUUGAAGACUUGAAGUUUCCCUUGGUGUUUUGCCACAACGAUCUACACCCCGGCAAUGCAAUAUAUGAUGAGGAAAAAGACAAAGCAACAUUAGUUGACUUCGAAUUCUGCUCCUUCUACUUCUCAGGAUUUGACCUGGCCUUUUACCUCUUUUAUUCCGUAUUUGGUCUCGGUAACCGUCCUUCACCAGAACUUCCUCAAAUGCAUCCCGUCGAAUACCAGACGGAGUUUCUCAGGGAUUAUCUACAGACACUGAGUCGCCUUGACAACUGGUCACGUGAUGUCACAGACGACGAUGUGGAACAACUCAGGAAGAAUGUUGAUAUAUUUAUAUUGAUUGUAAUGUUAGUUCACAUUCCCAUCCUCCUGGUGAUAGCCGCCAAGCCUACCGUUAGCAAGGAGGAUGCUUUAUCUAUACCAUGGGGCUGUCUCAAAUGCUGGAAGGUCUAUUUGAAGAAAAGGAAGGAGGUUCUAGGAUACUAGACUGGUUAUUGACGUUGCAAAUAUGCUUGAUGUCAUAAUCAGACAUCACAUGUAUGCUUUAAAGAAUGGAUACUUUCGAGUAACCAAUGGAACUGAUACAGUGUUCUCGACAUAUCCAUUUGUCAGGGUGGCCCACCCUACCUUGCUCUAGAGUUCUGAAAAGGGUUUCUGUAAGGCCACCCUACCUUACAUUGCUGGCCACCCUACCUUGUGUUGCACACUGGCAAACUUGUUGAAUAUCAAGGGUACCAACCAACCUUGAGAAACCCUUGCAACAGUAUAAAUACUUAACUGAAUGAAGAAAGGGACUUUUUCAAACAAGAACUGCAAAACCAAAGCCUCCCUCCCCGGUCUCUCAUGGAUACACAUCUCUGCUACCUCAGGAAUUUUCGUACAAUUUCAUUUCAAUGGGCUGAAAUCAAUCUGGUAUCAUAAUACAGUGGAACCUCCCUUAGCGGACACCUCUCCUUUAAGGACACUAGGUUUGGUCCCAAAUUGGUGGUUUCCAUUCAAUUUGACCUCUCUAAUCAGGACACCUCUCCAUUAAGGACAGUACUUGUCAGUCCCGAGGGUGUCCUUAAUAGAGACGUUCUAUUGUACAUGCAUGACAAUCAAUAGCACUUGGAACAAUGGAACAAAACUUCAUCAAGGCGAUUUAAUGGAUAUAUAAAGUUAGACUAGGGAGAGGACAGUUGUAGAUAUUUGCUGGAGAAAACGCAGACUUGGAGAUGUUUUUGUGUCCUCUUCUAAAAGUUAUUUGAAAUCUCCAACUUGGAAGUUUUUUCUAUUUUUCAAAUUAGUGAGAAUAUUCAAUAAAAUGCUGCGCGAUUGAUACAAGCUUGCAGAAAUGACAAGUAUAAUUGCUCACACAGAGCAUCAAGAAUCACUUCCUUCUACUAUUCUACAGAAUAAAUUGCUCUUCAACAUAUCAGAUG